CUCCCCGGCCCCCCGACCAUGUGGGCAGGGCGGUUGGGCCGGGCCGUCGCCCUGGCUCUGCUGCUGUCCGGCCUGGACCCCGCGCUGGGCACCGAGGCCACGCCACCCCCGGAGGGGCCUCAGGACCGCGCCUCGCAGCUGCAGCAGCUGCACCAGUUGCAGCAGCUGCAGCAGCUGCAGCAGCUGCAGCAGCUGCAGAAGGGUCGCCUGUCCCUGCAGAACACAGCUGAAAUUCAGCACUGCCUGGUGAAUGCCGGCGACGUGGGAUGCGGAGUAUUCGAAUGCUUUGAAAACAACUCUUGUGAGAUUCGAGGGCUGCAUGAGAUCUGCAUGACUUUCCUGCACAACGCUGGAAAGUUUGAUGCCCAGGGGAAAUCCUUCAUCAAAGACACCCUGAAGUGUAAGGCCCACGCGCUGCGGCACAAAUUCAGCUGCAUCAGCCGGAAGUGCCCGGCCAUCAAGGAGAUGGUGUUCCAGCUCCAGCGGGAGUGUUACCUGAAGCACGACCUCUGCUCCGCGGCCAAGGAGAACGUCCAUGUGAUCGUCGAGAUGAUUCACUUCAAGGACCUCUUGCUGCACGAACCGUACGUGGACCUGGUGAACCUGCUGCUGAGCUGCGGGGAGGAGGUGAAGGAGGCCGUGAGCCGCAGCAUCCAGGCCCAGUGCCAGCAGAGUUGGGGCGGCCUGUGCCGCGCCCUCAGCUUCUGCACCGCCGCCGCGCCCCCCGCCGAACGCCGUCUGCAGGCCGACGGACCCAAGCCGCCCCGGCCCCGCCAGGGGUACGCGGGACCCUCGCCCGCGGGGCCGGGUGAGGGGGAGACGGGCCGCGGCACCCGGGCCGACAGAGGGAGCGGGCCCCAUCUCGGCGCCCACCAGCGAGCCGACGCUGGGGUCCACGGGGCCCGGAGGCCUCAGGAGGAGCGCGAGGACUCCGACAUCCGGAGGUGAAAGGGCGCCCCGACCCCGCCUCCGCCGUGAACCUUUCGUCAGUGGCGUCCAUUUUCUUAGCUAUGGACAUUCCAAAACAUUUACCGUUAGAGAGGGACGUGGCACGUGCAGGGUGCCGUGGGGAUCGUGGACCUCGGAGGAGGGGCAAAAAUUAGUGGAAAGGAAGGCGAGAUGGAGGCCGCUUGGGGGUGGGGGGAAGAGUGGGGAAGGGCGAGCUCUCCAGACCUCCGGGGGCCGGGAGGGAAGGGGGGAAAUCUCACUCUCGCACGUGCUCAAGCGAGCGUCGCCCAGGGCCUCCUCGUAAUCUGUCUCCUUGCGAUCAGUAGGGGUCGGCGGGGUCAACUCUGAAGAUUUACUCUGUCGGUGCUGAUGGGGUGGGGAGGGCGACGGGUCGAGGGGGGCGUUGGGGGGUCCCGCCCGGCCCGGCGACCCGGGCCGGUCUUCCAGAGCCCUCGGUGCUGCCUCGACCCUGGGGUUGGACUCCACGGGGCUUUGGCCUCUGGUGCAGCUGGGAACCCGGAAGCGUCUUCCGGGGGACACGGGGGUGGGUGGGGAGGGGAGGGAAUGGGGGUGCCCCACCGGGAUGCUAGCUGGCAAACCGACAUUCAAUUUCUCGCUCGGGACCUUGCGCUUGAGCGCGCCGUGCUUUAUCCUAAAGUGUAGUUUCUGAGCCCUUGGCUCCCUCCCGGGGCUCUCCCUGGAGCCAGCCCCGCCGUCUGUAUUUUAACCACUGCUUCACUUCACAACUUCACCUGGACUUACUCAGUUCCGUAAAUAUGGCUGUCGUCUAAAUAAACGGCUUUAAACACGG